AUGCCGAGACCCAAACGAGCGCGUCGCGCGCCGCCCGCGCCCGUCGCCGUCGCCGUCGCGCCCGAGGCGAAGUCAAGCCCCGCGCCCGCCUCGGGCAGCGAUAUCUACAGCCACAGCGAUCGCGAGCACUCGGUCAUCCGGAAAGAGCUCGAACAGGAGGACGGAGGCGAGCCGUCUCGCCUCGCGGGGGGCGGGUCCACGCGUCUGAGCAGGGGCGCCAGUUUGCGUCAGAGGCAGGCGCUGGAGAAGUCGGUCCGCGCGCGAGACGAGGCCAUGGAUAGGUUGGAGGAUGAGCUCGACACGACGUCUUCUAAGGCAAAGACGUCGAGCGAUCAGCAUCAAAAGUCCGACUCUCCGGUCGAGUUGGAGCUGGGCAGGAAGACGCGCGCGACGCCGGUUCAGCAUCGGAGGGACACGACGGGGCUGGACCUGGACGACGACAUGUUUGAGGGGCUCGAUACCACGCUUGGCGACGACGACAAUGUCGAUGACGCUGCACCGCCGAGUGCGCCGCGAUCGGAUACCUCGACUUUCAGUGUUAGCCACUUUAGGCGCCGUGGCCGCGCACCGAGUAUUAGCAUCAACAAAGAUGACGCGCCUAUCCGGCCGAGCAGUCGCGGAGUGGGCAGCACCCCUGGCAUCAGUUCGACUUUCAACAUUGGAAUGUUCAAACGCCGGCGGAGGGAACCGAGUAUCUUGGGCACGGCGCAGAAGGAGCGUGCGCAGCGGCCGAUUGAGCUAUCGUCUGGACCCGAGUCGGAUGAUGAAGAAGGCGACGAUUUCGAACCUGAGGCCGAGUCGACGCCGCUGCAGAACAAGCGCAAAUCACAACCCCUCCGAGCGACGACGGAGCCCGAGUCUGAGUCGCAGCAGGUCCUCGCGCCGGAUUCACAACCUGUCCAGAAGGAGGCGGAGCUCAGUUCCAGCACCGCGUCACGCAAGCGCAAGAGUAUAGAGAACCACGAGGAGGCGGACCGCCCAGUGAAAACACCACGGACCGAGCCUGAGGCUGAGUCUGUGCCUGGUCUGGGAGAUGACGACAGCGAUUCAGAACUCUCUGAACUGCCCUCGCCCGUUCUCACACCUACGCGGCCGUCCGCUUUCCCUCGCCCAGUAACCCCGAACAGGGAUGAGAUCAUGGCACCUCCGGAGAGCAGCGACUCGGAAAAUAGCGACGAGGCAUGGCCCGACAUCCACACACUCACCAAGCAACGCCGACGCCGUGCCUCGCCGGCUACGCCGACGCGGGACGGCAAUGUCUCCGACGCCUCGUCACCACCUUCUCUCACGCACUCCCCCAACUUCCCGGCGACGAGAAAUAAGUCCCGGCAGAAGAAGCAGGCCAAGUCGCCCAAGGUCACCACGGCGGAUCUCACCGGGCUGUUGCCCCGCAGACGCCACAAGAAGGCUCGAGACCCUUAUAGCGCGGACGACACAGAGGAGGAGGAUGAGGUCGACGCCUCGAACAUCCCCGAGCACGACGACGAACUCUCGUAUGCCGGCACGCGCACCCGCUCCCGACGCACGAAGAUCACGCCUCUUGACCGUGUCACGGCGAAUCGGCCGGCCUCCCGUGGUGGCAAGACGACUGCGGCGGCCGAAAAGUCCAAGGCGGCGAGGCGUUCUUCCACACGCACUUACAGCCGUCGUCUGUCAGACAAGGAAAAUGAAGGCGCAGUCGAGGACGAGACUGAGGCGGAAGGCGAGGCGGAGGCCGGGGCCGAUGGCGACAGUUUCGCUCCCAUCCAAGACGACGCCCCUGAGAGCCAGGAGAGCAGCGACCCCGCCCGCAGCGCUGACGAGCUGAAGAAGGCGGCGCGCAAAUUCAAGGAGGUUGAUCGCUGGGAGCUUGAGUUUGAGGAGAUGACAGAAGCCUCGUCACCGAACCGGGAUGCGCGGUGA